UCAAAUUAUGCCGCCAAAGCAACAAGUAUCUCUCUGAUAAAACUGAAGCGGAACAUUUCCAAAACUAAUCUCAAAUCAAUUCUAUCCAUGAUUGAUCCUAAAACUGUCGGAGGUAACUUUCUGGUACUAGCCAGUUACUAUUUGGUUGGAACCAUUAUGGACUAUUCAAAGUCUCUAAACCUUGUUGACAUCAGGAAACAGUGGUUGUAUGUUAUUUCUGAUACUGAUCGAAAAUACCACGACAUGCACGUGUUCCGGAAUAUGUUGAAAGAAGGUGACAAUGUUGCUUUUAUCUAUAAUACAACUGUGUUAUCCAGCAAUUGUGUGGGAGGAAGAAAGUGCCAAAUAGAAGAAAUUAUUGAAGCGUUCACGAGGGCCUUAGACGAGGCGGUGCAAGAAGAAUCUGAUACCGCGAGCCAAAUUGCAGAAGAAGAAUGGGAAGCUAUCAGACCAACAAAAGUGGAGAGAAGGGAGUUCUUGUUGGGCAAAAUCAAAAAAUAUAUUUCAAAGAAUGGGAUAUGUGAUAAUUGCACCUUCUGGGAGAUGAAGACUGGAGAAACUUGGGGACAGGAAUACCAAAAUCUUAGUAGGAAUAUUACGUCACAACUGAUUCCCGUAGGAACAUGGAGACCUAGUGAUGGGGCUACGAUGAUUGACGAAUUAUUUUUACACAUCGCCCACGGUUUCAGAAAGAAAAUUUUGCCAAUGGUGACCUUUCAUAAUCCCCCAUGGCAAAUUCUGAGUUUGAACGAAUCAGGAGACGUUACAGAAUACAAAGGAUUGGUCUUUGACAUAAUCAGAGAGUUGGCAAAAAAUCUCAACUUCACUUUCAAACUCGAAGUAGUAAAUAAAUCAGUCUUUUUGGAAAACACGACCAUCAAAAGCGCUUCACAUAAUAUCAUCGGCAAUUCUCUAACAAACCGCAUACCCGUAUAUAUCCUUAACAUGACGAAAAACAAAGUCGUCUUCUUGGGAGCUUGUGCUGUUACAAUUACUGAGGAUCUGAAAUACGUUAUCAAUUUUACCAGACCCAUCAGCACACAAACCCACACGUUUCUUGUCGCCAGACCACGAGAGUUGAGCAGGGCGUUGCUUUUCAUUUCUCCUUUUACAGGAGAUACCUGGUUAUGUUUGGCAGCAUCCAUAGUUUGUAUGGGUCCCAUUUUGUAUUACAUACACCGAUUCAGUCCAGUUUACGAAUACAAAGGAAUUCCAAUGAAGGGAGGAUUAUCUUCGAUUCAAAACUGCAUUUGGUAUAUGUACGGUGCUUUACUUCAACAAGGUGGAAUGCACCUCCCUUGUGCGGAUAGUGCGAGACUCUUGAUUGGUUCUUGGUGGCUUGUAGUUUUGGUGAUAGCCACAACUUAUUGUGGAAAUCUUGUCGCUUUUCUGACGUUUCCUAAAAUAGAUAUUCCCAUCACCACACUGGAAGAAAUGAUUUCUCAUAAAGAUACCGUUACCUGGAGCUUUAGAGAAGGAAGUUACUUGGAAAACGAGUUGAAGAUUGCCGAUGAACCUAGAUUCAGAAGUGUUUAUGAAGGGAGGUCUAGACAGUCCAACUCUGAUAUUAGUAAUUUAGUAAACAGCAUACAAGAAGGAAAGCAUGUUUUCAUCGAUUGGAAAAUGAAACUACAGUUCAUCAUGAAAGAAAGGUUUCUGGAAACUGGCCAAUGCGAUUUCACACUAGGUUUGGAGGAAUUUUUUGAGGAGCGGCUAGCUUUAAUUCUUCCUCAAGAUUCUCCUUAUCUUCCAAAAAUCAAUGAAGAAAUCAAAAAACUCCACCAAGUCGGCCUCAUUCAAAAGUGGCUUCAAGAUUAUCUACCAAAAAAGGACCGCUGUUGGAAAAACCGUCACCUUGUAGAAGUCAACAAUCAUACGGUCAAUCUAGAUGACAUGCAAGGAAUCUUUUUCGUCUUGUUUCUAGGUAAAAUAUAUUUAUCUUCAUUCAAAUUAGGGAAUCGUAGUUUUUUCAUUCAAACCGGUGUCUAGAUAUAUUGAUUGAAAAACAAAAAAUAAUACUUUUCAGGUUUUCUACUGUCUCUGUUUCUGCUGAUUUUUGAAAAGGUUUGGUUCGGAAAGUUUAACAAACAGCAACAGAAAACCAUACAGCCGUUCAUGAC